CUCGUCCGCAACUCCGCACCCCGCACGGCGACGCCCCCGUCUCCCAGCGGCUACCGCCUUCGAUCCGGACCACCGUCCUCCUUCCCCACCCCCGCCCGGCGAGCCCAUUCGCCUCUCGCAAUGGAUACCUGCCCAUCGGUGAAGAACAUCCUCCUGCUCGACUCGGAGGGGAAGCGCGUCGCCGUGAAGUACUACAGCGAUGAUUGGCCCACGCUCUCCGCGAAGCUGGCCUUCGAGAAGUCGGUCUUCGCGAAGACCCAGAAAGCGAAUGCUGGCACAGAAGCUGAGAUUGUAAUGUUUGAUGGUCAAAUUGUCGUGUAUAAGUUCAUCCAAGACCUGCAUUUUUUUGUUACUGGAGGAGAAGAGGAGAAUGAGCUUAUUUUAGCAUCAGUUCUUCAGGGAUUCUCUGAUGCUGUUGACCAACUUCUCAGAAACAUUGUCGACAAAAGAACAGUACUCGAAAAUCUGGAUCUGAUCCUAUUGUGUCUUGAUGAAAUUGUUGAUGGAGGGAUUAUACUAGAAGCAGAUGGGCGUGUGAUAGCUGAAAAGGUGUCAGGUCAUGGAUUGGAGGGUGCUACAUCAGCUGAGCAGACUUUAGUUGCAGCCCUAACGACAGCAAGAGAGCACUUGGCCAAGUCUCUUCUCAUGUGAUGAUGUGCUUUGGUUUUGGGGGUGAAGAUGGAGUAUCAUUCUAUUAUUAUGUCUCAGAGAUAAUGCAUUUUUUCAUUAGCAACGGAGAAAGAAAAUGUAUGUAAUGGAUAUGUAGAAUGACAUGUUGCUUCCAACAUUCUGUUUGUUCAGUUUGCAUGUCUUCAAAGAUGUGUAAUAUGAUUCGUUGCAAUUUGAUUUGUUCA